CAACUCGAGAGCUUUUAAAAAACCAAGUCGAAGAAUUUAACGUGCGCAUAAACCCAGUUACACUACCCAACGAAACAACAAUGGAAGAACCCAAAAGUUGCUUAAAACCUAUUACCUUCAUCAAUAUCGACAUAUCGCCUACACAAAUCCAGACUGUUUAUACAUACCUAGAUAAAGAUAGACAACUUGGACAGAAGCAAAUUUUUGAAUGUAAUAUGCGACCGUUGAAUACUUUCAUCAAGCAAUCACAACUAUACCAAAGGCCAGUACUACACAUAUCAAAUAGGCUAAAGUUAGGUUUAGAAAAGAUUUUUGGUGAUUAUCUUCAAUUGUACUCAAGUUACAAAAGAAAUGUGAAAAAAAAAUUGCCAGUGAGCCCAGCAUCCAAAUUACUUGGCAGGGCUUUCCAAAAUACGCGGAAGAGGAGUUCUUUAAGCAGUGAUGAAAGGAUAAAAUCAAGCAAAAAUCGGCUAAAGAGAAUUAGAAAUUUAUUUGUUUCCUUGGAUCCAAACUUAUUUAAAGAGCUUAUGGCAAACAUUGAAAUGGACGAUCUUUUUGCGUCAAAGGAUGAAUCUUGUGGUUCGGAUAGCAAGUUAUUUACUACAUGUCAUCCAGGUUACAUGUAUUUUUUUAUGAUCACAUAUCUGCACUGUCUCAACAAGCAAAUAGAGAAAAAAUUAGAAAGUAAUGUAGGAUCGAAUUGGCAAGCCAACAACAUCUGGUAUGGCGUCUCUAUUGACAAAAAGCUAUUGGAUACUGUAUGCGGCUCAAUAAAGAAAUUGGAAAAAUCAUUCUUUGCAAGCGGAAUACUCGGGAAGGACGACGACCUUCGGAAAGCAAAAUUCUGUACCCGUGGUGAAGAAAUUCUACCCGCUAUCCAACACAAGUAUCAACAUUUGGACUUUAGGUUGAAAUCAUACUUUGUUGUUGCACAGAUAUAUUCAAAGCAUAUUCAACUCAGUUUGCAUCAAGUGGUUAAACUGGCAUUACCCGGAGAAGAUUCAGCGUCCAUCAUUAUUCAGGAUGAAAUGAUACAUAUUCAUGAUGUAUAUGACAUACUUUGUAAGAGUAUUAUGAAGAGCAUACAAGUCAAUUGUCAAGUUGACUAUUGUACCACGCACAAUAGUGAGGAAGACACACAAUAUGAUUUCCAGUCAUUUGAGAUAUAUAACAAUAUAUAUCGAAAUUUAAAACCAUGCGUUGUGGAACUUUUCGAAAAAAACAAAUUAAAUUUGGACAUGGAAUCCAAAAUACAGCUGGAUAUCGACACGAAAUGUGGUUGCAGUAUAAGCAUAUUUCUUCGUGACAUUAUUGAAGUAGGCCUUAUGCCAGUGAUAGAAAGUAUGGCAACAGAUAUAGUGGCUUCUUUGACCAACAAAAGACUAUUUGGAAAUUAUGUACCGAAUUACAUUUUCGUGUUUGGAGAUCCUUUCAAUCUGGGGCAGGGUUCACCGAUCCACAAAACACACACCAUGCUUUUGCAAAAAGCGAUUGAUGACGGCGUAUAUAUUAAAGAAAAAGAUACAAAGAUAUGUGUACUAAGAGAAUCUAUUUUCCGAUUACCGGAGACGUUUUUAUCUGGAAAAAAGCCUUACAUGUUUGAAAGGUUUGUCACCGGAACUUUGUGCCAAGUAUCUAGCAAUACAUACGGGAUGCGGAUUCCAAGUUUUCGCAAUUCGAUCUCUUUCACCCGAAUAAACAGUGAUGGUGAUAUCAAAAAUAAGAUUGGAGGAGAUGAUAGUUAUUUGGUAUUUAUUCAGAAAGGGAAGCCAGUUCCAACAAAAGGGCUUAGAAUUCAAAUGAAUGGACCAAUAAAUAUCACAUUAGAGAUUCUUCAAUUAGAAAGUUCAACCAGUACUGUUCCGGACAAGUAUACUCUAUUGCACGGAGACACUCCUGGUGUGACUUUUGCACUAAACACUAUGAAUUUGUUGUAUUAUCGUAUCAGAACAUUUGUGGUAGAAUAUGAGCAGAUUAGCAGUAAUUUAUCUAUCAAAUUAUCAAGAGGAUGUUUGGGCGAUAUUAGUGACUAUGUUUAUAGACCUCAUUACUUAACCGAAAAUAUCCUGGAGCCAUUGACACUCGCUUAUAUUUAACAUAUCACUCCUUCAAUAAAACUUUACCUUAUCCAUAAAAUCCAUCUUUGGCUGACGCUCAUAGAUGAGGGUGAUAUUUGUUCAAUC